UGCUUUCUGCUAUUGCACCCAGCCCUUAAAAUCCCAAGUAUCACUGUGGUUAGUACAUUUACCUGAGAACCACUGAUCAGGACAAAAGAAGUACAGAAGUUUCCUUUAUCAUUAUUAACAUCAACAGCCAUUAUAUCAGCACAUUAUGUAUAGACCAGUCACAGCUUCGCGUACAUCUUUGCCGCUAUGGAUGAUUGCCCUCAUUGUGUUUGGAGUGUUGGCAAUCCUGGGAACUACCAUAGGUCUCCUGGUUCAUUUUCUGGCAGUAGAAAACACGACCUACUAUUACAAAGGCAGCUUCACAGUGCUGGAUAUCCCAUAUAAUAGCAAUUAUGAAAGGGAGACAUCACCAGAAAAUAACUAUCUUAGCAAAAUUCUUGAGACUAAGAUGGUUGAUGCAUUUCAAAGUUCUAGCAUUUACAGACAAUACAUCAAUUCUCAAGUCAUCACACUAGUUCCUGAUCACAACAGCGUGACAGCAAAUAUAUGGCUGAUAUUCAAGGCUCCCAGAUCAAUGAAGGAAAACACAAGAAGAAGAAUUGAAAGCAUCUUACGUCAAAUGCUGAGGAACCACUCAGGAUCCUUGACUACAGAUCCUGAUUCUCUUAGACUCGAGGAAAUCAGUAAGGUCAAUGCUGAAAAGAUUAUCAACAAUCGUAAGUUCAGAUAUUUGACAGAAGAUCCAAAAAACUAUACUGUCAGCUUUGGCACCAAAGUAAGUCCUCCCUACAUGCAACAUCAUAUUCAACGAAUUAUUAUUCAUGAAGACUACAUCAAGGGUGAACAUCAUGAUGAUAUUGCAGUUAUAUUGCUCACUGAAAAAGUUUUAUUUAAGAACGAUGUACAUCGAGUUUGUCUUCCUGAAGCCACACAGAUUUUUCCACCAGGUGAAGGAGUAGUUGUUACAGGAUGGGGAGCACUUUCAUAUGAUGGUGAAUACCCAGUGUUACUUCAGAAGGCACCUGUGAAGAUUAUUGAUACAAACACUUGUAAUGCUAAGGAAGCAUAUAAUGGUAUGGUACAAGACACAAUGCUGUGUGCUGGGUACAUGGAAGGAAAUAUUGAUGCGUGCCAGGGUGACUCUGGAGGACCACUGGUUCAUCCCAAUUCUCGAAACAUUUGGUACCUUGUUGGAAUAGUAAGUUGGGGAGUAGAAUGUGGUACAAUCAACAAGCCAGGUGUCUACACGCGAGUGACUGCCUACCGCAACUGGAUUGCCUCCAAGACUGGUAUCUAAGGGAAACACAUCUUGUAGCCACUCUUUUAUCUCAUUUUUGCCUACUACUUCUAAGCCUUAUUUAAUAUUCAUUUUAAAUUGGUAUGUACAAUGGCUGUUUUGAAAGAAUUGUGGUCCUAAGGGAAUAUUUAUGAACUUUAACUUUAAGCAGACUCUACAAGAUAAGAAAUCUCAUGUUUAGUUGACAAAAGCCUAAGUAAAGAAAGUGCUCCUAUCAGUCAUGUACUAUUACUAUCUGUUUUCUAUCUCAUGAACCCAUAUCAUGGUUAUCUCACCACAGCAUAAAGCUCAUGGUUUUAGUCAUUCAGACUUUCUGUAAUUACGAAAGUAAAUCCUUGUCUGUUGCAAGUUAACAGGCAGCACUUGAGAGGCCAGAACCAAUUACCUUCCGAGAGUUGGUUUGGAACAUGCUGCAUCUGCCUUCAUUUCAUAGCUUUUGUGGAAGGGGUGUAGUUGUGAACUGAAUCUGGUCUGAAUUUAGGCACUGACUUAGCCUCCUAUUUGUAGCGGGGUCUUGAUCAACUCUUGUAAUCACUGAAAGAAUUUCACCAUCAGCAAAACAACAUGUUUUCUUGCAGAGAUCAGGUACGCUAAUUCUUCAGUAUUGAUACACUGUACAGAAUCUGUGGAGAUUCUUUAUUUGUAAGAUACAAAAAGAUGUAGCUAUGAACCAUGAAAAUAUACCUUAAUUAAAACGAAUUUAAAAGCAA